AAUUAGGAGGGAAAUUUAGGAGGGAAAUAGACCUAUGUACUUUUUACUAUACAGAUGUUUAUGUAUUUAUGUAGAGAUAGAAAGAGGUGAAUAAUUGGUUGUGUCUAGCAGGGUUCGGAGAAGAUGGACACAGACGUCUCUGCUUGGCUCCUUGAUUUUUUCGUCCGACAACCUAUUCACGAUUCUACUUUAACCACACUCCUCAAAUCUCUCCCUCUUUCACACACCGACUCUACUUUCAAAAAGCUUCUUCUUCUCAGAAAAAUCGAGUCCCAGAUCUCUGCUCCCACCCCACAUCUUUUAUCCUUACUGGAAAACAUUGAAGAGCUAGAUCACAGAGAGAAUGUCAUCACAAUUGAAUCCAUGAAGAGGGCUUAUUGUGCCGUGGCUGUGCAUUGCACAUUUGAGAAUGGGUGUUUUGAGCAGGCUGUUAAGGACAUUUGGAGUGUUAGGGUUGGGGGUAUGGUGAAAUUUGGGGAUGUGGGUUUGCUUUGCGAUGAGUUGAUUACUUGGAAGGAUGAUUUUGAAAAGGCGUUGGGGGAUGCUGAUGUCAAGAAGGGUUUGGAGGAGAAAUGGAAAGUGGAGGUUGCGGUUGGUGACCUGCUUCGGGCUUUUGUCAAGGAAGCCAAGGAGAUGAUCCCUCCGUCUUUUCUUGAAUUGGUAGCGCAGACAAUGACCCAGGAUGAUGGCGCGCCGUUGAGACAAUUGUUUGGGAUGGAGGACACUCAACAUGAUGUCCAGAGGGAAACUGUGCAUCACAGAAGCGAGGUUCAUGCUGCACCUGGAACAUCAAGGGGAGUCGAGAUUGUUGAUAAUGAUGACCUGUCUGAUGCAUCGCCUAACAACAAUUAUGGUUGCCUGUCUACUCCUGAAGUUGCUAAAUUACAGGAAAACCUGCGAUCAAGUACUUUAGAGCUACAAGAAAUGGUGAAGGACCCUCUUCCUGAAGCCUUAGCUAUGGCCAAGAAUGUUGUGCCAAAACUAGAUUGUGUUGACAAGAGAAGUGAUGUAAUUCCUGCUGAGAACAAUAAUCUUGAAAAUGAAGGCAGGAAUGCAGCUAAGGCCAGCCUGAUGGAACGUAACAAAACCGCCUGUACUUAUGAGUGGGAUGAAUCUAGUGACGUAUCAGCUGAUGAAAGUAGACCUCACUUGUCCAGCCAUAAGACAAGACUGGUCACGCUGGAAAAACAUAAAAAUCCAAAACCUUCAAGAAGAAAACGCAAGCUUUGGAGUAACCUAGAGGAAGACACUUUAAGAGCAGGUGUGCAGAAGUAUGGUAUUGGAAACUGGAAGCUUAUUUUGGAUAUGUACAGGGAUAUAUUUGAUGAAAGAACCGAUGGUGAUUUGAAGGACAAGUGGAGAAAUAUGACCGCUUGAUGUUUUGAUCUUGGUUCUCUACUAUAAGUAUAUAAUAUAUGUGUGAUGUUCAAAUCUGCUUCCUUCAAUCAAUUUACCCAUCUUGAUGCAACUAGUUCGGGCCUUAAAGCAUUUAGCGAUUGCCAGCUAGCAUUCAGUGUGUUCAAAUGUUAAAGGCUCUCAUGGAAGAUGAAACUGAAAUUCUCCAAAUUAUCAACUAGUGGUGCAUUAAAUUGGAGAUUGUGAAACCUCUUUUGUGGGUCUCUUGUGAUUUCAGGUUAAUGUGUCACAUGUCCUUAAAUCUUGUAUUCAGUCUGAACCAUCCGGUUUCGUAGGCAUGCUAGGUAAACUUUUGACUAGUUGUAUUUGCUCUAGUUUUGAUGUUUAUGCUUAAGGUCAUAUGUAUAUUAUUAUUCAGUGACAUGGUUUGGAUUUUUGGAAGUCUCAGGAAUCUUGUAUCCAGUUUAAACUAUCUGGUUGCAUUUGCUCUGCUUUGAAUGUUUAAGCUCAAGGUGUAUAUUUUUUGGUGACAUGGCUUAGAGUUAU